GUCGCUUCGGGGGAUAAAGUCGUUUUCUAAAGCCAUGAUUCGCUGGAAAUGUGAAACCGCAUUGAUGUUUUGUUAUAAGAAAAGCUCGCGAAAUAUUGCUAUGAACCUCUUGUUUCCCAACAAAUAAAGUAUAAAACAACUAUGAGAAAAGGCUAUCCUCCUCCACCUCCCCCAGGCGUUCAUCCCGUCGGCGGACCCAUGCCGCCACCUAUGGCUCAAGGUCGUGGCCCACCAAUGUCCCAAUAUGGACGGCAACCAUACGGUCCACAACCCGGAUACAACAAUGGCAUGCCCCCACCAGGUGAGUUGCAGUCGUGUUGUUUGACCGCUGGGCUUCGAUUAAAUGUUCAAUUGCGGUAUAGGGUAUGGUCGUCAGCCCCCGAUGGCACCAUAUGGUAGACCACCACCAAGACAUGGCGGAGGCUGCAUACCUCUGUAAGUAAACUAUGCUUGUGUAUACCGCUUUCCGACGUUGUCUUAUUCACAUGCAUUGCUUUAGGUUGGCUGCCAUUUGCUGCUGCUGCUGUGCUGCAAACACAUGCUGUUAAAUAUUAUUGAUAUGGGUACGGUGAAUGUAACAUAAUCUUGUGAAUUAUACAUAAAUCAUGAUUGUUUGAACGCAAAGUAUAUGAUGACAAGUUGUAGAUGUACAUUUAUUUCAUAACGCCUUUUCUUUCGAUGGGCAGGUUGUCAUGGCAGUUUUGUAUGAGCGGCUAAGAUUUCAUAAAGAUU